AUGGACGACGAGGACGCGACACCUCUUGACGACGAGGACGAGUUUAAUGAGGAAAGCGAGGAGGAACAAAGCGAUUAUGAAGAAUUUGUUCAAACAAGAACGAGAGGCAAAGCAACGCCGAAAACUCCACCCGAACCGAAACAAUCAAAGCAAAGACAAAACGAAGAACCACGAGCUAGUGAUGUCUCGAAAAAGAGAAAGCCAAUGAAGAAGAAACAACUGACAGAAGAAGAAAUCCAACUUAAAAAAUCAGAAAUUGCGCGGCGUAGAAAACAUCAAAGUAUUCAACGUGCCGAGGAAGAUAAG